UCGAAAACGGAACAAAGGUUUACAUAAGAUUUAUGCAAAAGUUACGGUAAAUUGGUAGCAGUAUACUUACAACUUUCUGUAAGAGUUUUUCGCACUUCUAAGGACAGUAAGAUAAUUAUUUUUCUUAGUUUUCUUUUCAUUCUGUAGCAAUUCUUGCUGUCAUGCAAUUGGUGCGUUGCAUGCAUAUUUAAUUUUUGAUUCUGCUGUUUUUGUUGGAUCGUUUUCCGACAUUCUCAAAGUGGCGUAGUCAAAGACUUGCAAUCCGAAUAUUGUGUGGAUUGCCGAACAUCGACUUCUCCUAAUGGCCUCCCAAUCAUUAUCUGGUGGACUUUUAAAAGUCCGCUUCGAGACCUUUGCGGUGAUCACUUUAUCGCUUCCUCUGCUCAGCCUUGUGGCCUGCGUUUUUCUGUCAUUGUAUUACGACUUCGAACGAUCCGUGGCGACUCACUGCAACGUUGCAAACUAUCUUCCUUCUCUUAGCUCUUCCAUUGGCGGAUUCACUCCGCAGAGAUACAUCUGGCGAACCGGAAUUGCUAUCCAUAGCGCGCCGCGAUUGUUCGUAGCGUUUCUGUAUCUCAACUUUUAUCGGACCUCCUCUGCUAUAUCGCACAAUCGAUUAUUAUUGCGUUUAGCCUACCUAAAUUUUGCUCUCAAUCUCCUGGAAAAUGCUGCACUUGUAAUUCUUACAUAUGUAUCCUCGACGGAAAACUACAAGAUACAUGAAGCAAUGUUCGUAUGCUUUGUGGCGUUCUCCGUCUGUUACAUGAUCGACACUUUAUUUCUUUUCUGGCGCUUAUGCCGGGAAUACAGCGCCGAUACUGACCUGAAAAAAUCCUUGCGAUAUAAAUUUGUGUUUUUCGUUGUCAACGUUUCCGUUUUUCUUAUCUCGCUUUAUUUUUUCUUUCGGCACAACUGGUACUGUGAGCCAGGAGUGUACACUAUGUUUGCCAUUUGUGAAUAUUUGGUCGUGCUGAGCAAUAUCGCUUUUCAUGGAACCGCAUAUUUGGAUUUCAAGGAUGUGGUCUUAAUAGCCAAAUCUAAUCAAGACUCGUAUGCAUUUAAAAAGCUCCAUAAUACUGCCUGAAUCUGGACACGGGGAGAGGACACUGCAGUUUCUGCCAUGCGCAUCAGAUGUGUUGCAGAGGGAUAAAUUUCAGCGUUUCUACGCUUUUGCGGCAGCCUUAAAAAUUUUAUACUCUUUAUGUUUUACUGAUUGUUAUUAUAUUAAGCCCGUGGAUGCGCAUACAAGACAGGAAAAGUUGAUUAGUUGAUAGCUGAUCGCAAUUCCUAACAUUUAAUGUGUCCACUUUUAAGCGAAUUGGUUAACAUACAAAAUGACUA